AUGGCAGAGAAGAGGCAAUUCUUAGAUCGAUUGAAUGAAAAGAUAUCUAUUCUAGAUGAUUAUUGCUUGGAAGAUCUAGAUGACUGUAGUGCACGCACGAAGGUUAACGUGGAAAAGUUGAAAGCAUACACGACCCAUGUGGAGGGGCGUGUCAUUGAGAUUACUCCACGAGAAGCUGAAAGAUAUCUUUCGAAACAGGGACAAGCGUUACCGAAGAUGGUUAAAAAUGUCAGUCGCGUGGGUUCAAACCCUCAAGGGGCCCAUGGAGUAGAUGAUCACGAGCCAAUGGUAAGAACGAUCCAGCAGAAUAUUAGGACAAACCCGUCGGAUAGAGACAGUAUGAUGGAUACCAUUACAGGCUCCGAGCGCAGCCGCACCUUUAAACCGGAAUACACUAACCCUGGAGGUAGUGAUAAUACGACUUAUAAUACAUGUAGUAUCUCCUUGGAAAUAGACAUAUAUGAUACAAUAGAAAUUCCGGGCGGUGUAGGAGAACAACACCAAUCGGCACUGGCGGAGAAGCAGAAGAAGACACCGAAGCCGAUGGACGCGAAGGAAGGCCCCGCCGGCAAUCCAGCAUUAGAGGUAAUGGAGGAGAUAAUCAGGGAUAUUAUCUGGUUAGGAGAUAGUGCAGAGAGUCUCGAAGCGGUAGCUCUAUUUGAUAUAGAGGGGGUAGAACACCAACUCAUGAAGCCUAGAAGCCAAAAGCACAGUAAUAUCGGCACUAAUUUAUAA